AAAAGAGCCGCGUUAAGAUCCUUAAUUCUCUUUUUGUAUUCCACAGGAAAACAAAAAAUGGAACAUGAAUGCGAGUAAAUAUUAAAGACACUGUUUGCUGUAAAGUAUUCAUUGUAGCGCCACCUUGCGGAUAGUAUAGCGAACUGCGUUUAAGAAAUCUGUUCAUGUCUUUGCAACACCAAAUGCCAUAAUGCAAGGAUCAAGAAUUUAAUCGAUACACAGCCCUGAAUUCAUCACAAGCUUAUCUCGGGAUGCAUGUUUUAGCUUUUAAAAGCCUGCGCAUCCUCGCAUCCGCUCUCCUCACUAAUGUCUUUACGUCAUAUAGCAGAUUCUGAGCGAUCUGUGCGUCCGCGAUGCAUCUACGUCACCCACUGUGUUCCCCCAAGUAGCAUCAGUUUUCCAUCAUCUCUCAGAAGCGCCGCCUCUCCUCGCUGUGACCGCAAAUUUGACUCCUCGCUCAUGCCCUAAACGUGUUGCAUACAUGCGAAGGCAGGAGUCUGGCGCGCGAUCCGCAGAGGUGAGACAGCAGCACUCGUAUCCCAACGGUGAACGGUCAAUAUGACCGAACUCGUGGUGCGGACCCUUCCGUCUCCUUCAGGUGUGCAAGGUCCCGGCCCGGACACUUAUAAAGGAUGGCUCUUUAAAUGGACCAACUACCUGAAGGGCUACCAGCGCCGGUGGUUCGUCCUGAGCAACGGCCUCCUGUCUUACUACAGGACUCAGGCAGAAAUGGCACACACCUGCCGAGGCACGAUUACUUUGGCGACGGUGCACAUAGAGAUAGGCGACACCUAUCACUUUGUGUUGACAAGUGGAGGGCGGAGCUAUCACCUGAAGGCAUAUUCAGAGGGGGAGUGUCAGCGGUGGGUUUCUGCUCUGCAACAGGCCAAAGCAAACGCCACUCAAAUGAUGCCCCAUUCAGAUGACUCUGGUGACGAGGGUCCACUAGCCCAGCCGGAUCGUGCUCUGAUCCAGGGGGCGCUCAAGACUCUGGCCAGCAAGCUUGAAGACCUCAGCACCUGCAAUGAGCUCAUAGGGAAGCACGGUGCCGCACUCCAGCGCUCCCUUAGUGAACUGGAGGACUUGCGCACCCCUACCGACGGCGCAGAUAAGCUGAAGACCGUUAACGAGCGAGCUACUCUCUUCCGCAUCACUUCCAAUGCUAUGAUCAAUGCCUGCCAGGACUUUGCGGAUCUAGCGGAGGCACACAGCCGGCGGUGGCAGCGUGCGCUGCAGUAUGAGAGGGAACAGCGCCACCACCUGGAGGACACUAUCGAGCAGCUAGCCAAACAGCACAACAAUCUGGAGAGAGCCUGGAGAGAAGCGCCCAGCACACACAAUAGGGUGGAACGAACACCAGAGGGGGAAUCCAGUGAAGAGAAUGAAGACAUAGAGUUCUUUGAUGCCAUGGAAGAUUCUCCAGCCUUCAUCACAGUGCCUGCUGACGAUCACUCACAGCACAGACACUUGAGUAGUAACAAGAGCGUGACCAGUGGAAGUCUAUCCAGUAAUUGGAGCCAGGAUGACAAUGACAGUUCUGGUAAUUAUUUGCGCAGGGGCAGACGCUGUCGCAUCCCAGAUAAGCCCAACUACUCCCUGAACCUGUGGAGCAUCAUGAAGAAUUGCAUUGGCAAGGAGCUCUCCAAGAUCCCCAUGCCUGUGAACUUUAACGAGCCACUGUCAAUGCUGCAGCGUUUGACGGAGGAUCUUGAAUACAGCGAGCUCCUGGACCGGGCGGCACGCUGCGAAUCCUCUCUCGAGCAGAUGUGUCUGGUUGCCGCCUUCUCCGUCUCAUCCUAUUCAACCACCAUCCACCGCACAGGGAAACCCUUCAACCCUCUGCUGGGAGAAACCUAUGAGCUGGACCGCGUGGAGGAGUACGGAUACCGCUCCAUUUGCGAACAGAUUAGUCAUCACCCUCCGGCGGCUGCCCACCAUGUGGUCUCGCAGCGAGGCUGGACCCUGUGGCAGGAGAUCACCAUCGACAGCAAAUUUCGUGGCAAAUACAUCUCUAUCAUGCCGCUAGGCAACAUUCACCUUAAGUUCCACGCCAGUGGGAAUCACUAUGUGUGGAGCAAGGUGACCUCCACUGUGCACAACAUAAUCGUGGGCAAACUAUGGAUUGACCAAUCUGGGGACAUUAUAAUAGUGAACCACAGGAGCAAGGACACAUGCCACCUCAAAUUCUCCCCUUACAGCUAUUUUUCCAGGGAUGUUCCCCGCAAGGUAACAGGCGUUGUGACAGACGGUGAAGGCAGCGCCCACUACAUUCUCUCUGGAACGUGGGAUGAUAAAAUGGAAAGUGCAAAGAUCAUAGAGAGCAGCCAUGGCUGUGGGGGAUCUGAGGGCAAACAGAAAACUGUCUAUCAGACUCUACCACCAAAACUACUGUGGAAGAAAUACCCUCUCCCCGAGAAUGCAGAGAACAUGCAUUUUUUCUCUUCUCUGGCCCUGACUCUGAAUGAGCCUGAGGAUGGUGUGGCCCCUACUGACAGCCGUCUACGACCUGACCAGCGGCUGAUGGAGGCAGGUUUGUGGGAUGAAGCAAAUGCUGAGAAACAGCGUCUGGAGGAGUGUCAGAGAUUGGAGAGGAGGAAGAGAGAAGCGCAGGCCACCCUCACACUAGAAGAAGGUAAAGAAGCGGAGAGCUACCAGCCAAUGUGGUUUGAAAAAAGGACUGAUACAGAGACGGGUGAGAGCAGCUACCUGUACAGAGGAGGCUACUGGGAAGCCAAAGACAGACAAGACUGGAGUCAGUGCCCUGCCAUCUUUUGAGGCCUCUCUUCCACCAGGACCAGCUUGCCAUUCCAAAUCAUCUUGUAUUAGGAAAGCUGCUUACCAAUGUUUCCCAUUCCAAGGAGUUUCAAAGAUGUGGAAAAUACUGAUUCUGUUCAGUCUCUACUAAGGCACCCACAUGUAUAUAAACAUAUAUCUUAAUUUGGAGUGUAUUCAUGGGGGCAUUGGGACACCUGUAUUGUAGCAGGGAAAAUUCACAUUGCAUGGGGGGAAAACACAUUUUAAGCACAAUAGACAGAGGCACUUUAUAAAUGUCACAGUGAAAGACACUAAUAACAUUAAUGAUCUGGGGAAUGUAAAACUUCACCAGGGAUAAGAUUCUUCCUCAAAGCUUUUACUGAUUGUUUCAGGUUAACUGUAUGAUACCCAUGAAUUAUCCACCGCUGUGUGAAAAAAGACAUGUAGACCGAAUGCCCUCAAGACUGUGUUCCUGCAUUGAGUUGUAGUAUAGAUUAAGUGCUGUGUAGUUUCAACAGUGCAAACAUGCUCCAUAAGCAACCUACAUAGAACCCAGAUCAGUGAAUUGAUGUUGCUUCUUCAAAAUAACAAUUACAAAGCUAAUUUAUUAGAUAUAUAAUGUGAGAAUUCCUUUUUAGCUGCCUGUUUAGUUAUUUAGCACAAGCGUAAUGUAAAUGUCAUUGUGUAGGUGAUAAAUUACGGCUUAAUUGAGAUUCUCCAUUUAGAGUCAUAGUUAAAUGUGCAAACAUGCUAAAACAUCAAGCUACAAUUCAACUACACAUUUAUUUAUUUAAAUAGAUGAAUUAAUAAUACAUUGCACAUCGUUUAGUAUGACUCAUCUGCAUGCAGUGCAGAUUUUUAAAAAUAAUUAUGCAAAUUAAGCAUACACUUCAACAGAUGCAUUCAUAUAUUUGUCUAACACUCACAGGAAGGUACACAGUACCAGGUCACAUUAUAGGGUGUUUGCAAACCUUUAACCUUGACUAUGUUGUCAAUAACUAGCAUUUUGUGGUGGCAAUACUUUCUAGUUUCCAGUAUUAGCUGCUUAAAGCACAUUAACACUACAUACACCAUUCAUGCUGCAAGGGAAAGUGGUCUGGAAUACUGACCGUAAACUGUAACCAAAAUGAGGAUGAAGGUAACUCAUAUUUAGGCAUUAAAAACAUUCAGAAUAUGAGCAGACCAGUGUUAUAUGUACACUUUAAAUGAGAGUAUACCAUGUCAGGAACUGUGUUUUGUGCAUUGUGCAAAAUGUAAAGGACUGAUUGAACUUCA